CCACCAGAGGUCUACUCGAGCAAAUAGAAAGAGAAGGAAGGAGAUGGCCGAAUAGCAGACAUCCGCUUCGUUGGUGAUAUUACUUUAAGUCUCGUCAAAUUCACGACUGAAAUCGAAGGACGAACCUUUUUAAAAACUUUUAGUUCCUGUUUCAUGAUGGCGGAACCAAACAGCAACGUCAGAUAUCAGGAGCUGGUGAAUGAGGAGGAGCCACCCCAGCCUUCCCAGGAGACUCCUGCCCCGGAUGCACCACCACCCUACAGCAGCAUUGCUGCGGCAAAUGCAGCUUUCUUUGAAAACAAGGAAGAUGGUGGAAGAUUUCCAAAUCCUCCACCAUACAACGUUGCCACCACCUUACCUUCCUAUGAUGAAGCGGAGAGGAGCAAAGCAGAGGACGCCGUCCCUCUGGUCACUGGGAGAGUCUCGGAGGAAGACUUUGUGGCCAGAGAUGACUUUGAAGAUGCUGACCAGCUGCGCAUAGGAAAUGAUGGCAUUUUCAUGCUUACCUUUUUCAUGGCAUUCCUCUUCAACUGGAUCGGUUUCUUUCUGUCGUUCUGCUUGACCACGUCCGCUGCUGGUCGGUAUGGAGCCAUCUCAGGCUUUGGCUUGUCCCUCAUCAAAUGGGUUCUCAUCGUCAGGUUUUCUACCUAUUUCCCGGGUUAUUUUGAUGGGCAGUACUGGUUGUGGUGGGUCUUCCUGGCUCUGGGCUUCAUGCUGUUCAUCCGAGGUUUUGUGAACUACUCCAGAGUGCGUAAACUGGUCGAUCCCGCUUACGGCACCCUUCCCAGAACAAGGGUACUUUUUAUCUACUAGAGAUGCAGCCUGGUAGAGGACACGCUCCCGUUUCACGUGGGAUAUGAAAAAAAUCAUUCAGAACCCAAUCAGAUGAAGACGACAGAAAUCAGGAGAUAUAUAGAUAUCACCUCUGCUCUUUUCCACCUUUAUUAUUGAAACCCUGGCUAAAUGUAAUAUCACCUAUCUUGUACUCAUUAGUGGCAAAUGUUGCCUCUGUAUGUAACGUAAUGCCUUAUAUCAUUGGGUGGUAGCAUGCUUCUGCUCUUGAGGUCAAUAACUAGGAAGAGUUUCAUGUUGGCGACACUUGAAGCCAUAGAUAUAAAUUAGUGAAGCACUGUAGAAACUCCAUAGCAUGCAACACAUUUUGGUUCAACGACUCUGCGGUUUUUUAGAUUCAAAUGAUAUCCACAAGGCAAAGCUGCUGAGGAAAAACUCCCUCUGCUCCAAAGGGUGUCAGUCAUUUUAAAGCCACAAGGGGACAGUGUUUUUUCUUCUUCUCUGGUUUUUAGUUAAUAGAUUAUGUUAAUGGAACUUGAUGCACAAUACAAAAGCAGCAUUUGAUUAAACUUUGUGACAAAAAGGACUUUUCAUAUUUUGUCAUAAAAUCAGGUAUAAGUAGACAAACCUAAAGAGGCUACAAGCAGAUCCUCCUUGUAUUCUCAGCUGAGUUUACCAGGUUAGCUCUCAUUUCCAGACUCAAAUCCAGAACGGUUCAAUUUUCCUUUGAAAUCUGCCUAGAUGGAAAACAUCUUUGCUCCAUUUAAAUCAAAAUAGCUUAUAUUUUUUAUCAUGGCAUUAUUCUCCCAAAAGCAAUUCCUCCAGGUGUUGGAAAAAAUUGGUAUUGUGGAUAGUAAAUGCUUAAAAUAACUUAAAAAAUGACGAUUGAAAACCCCCCAAACUGUUUAUUCUCACCAUUUUCUUACUUCUGCUUCAGCUUGACUUCAUAUCAGUUCUGCUUGUUUCCAUGUGAUGUCGAGCAGCAUCGUUGGAUUUUAUGGAUAUGAAACUGUACAUAAAAUGUUUAGUAUUAAAUAAAUGUCAAAUUUAAAUGCG